AUGCUGCUCCCCUCCUCCCUCCCAGCAGCCCUGUUUCCGGCACAUGGCCGGCUCCGCUUCCCCGUGCCCGGCUCCCUCCAGCCUCCGGAGCGCUGCUGCGGCGCCCAGGGCCUCUCCUUCCCCCGGCCCGGCUCGGAUCGGAUCGGACGGAAGGGCUCGCCCGGGCGCCUCUGCACAGCAGAGCCGGCGGAGGAGGCUGCAGAAUUUCGCCUCCCUUCCCUCCCGCAGCACGUGUUGCUUUACCCGCUAGUGUCCAAGAGCCUGCGGAACAUCGCAGCAGGGAAGGACCCGCUGGAGGGGCAGCGGCACUGCUGCAGCAUUGCCCAGAUGCACGAGCACUACUCCCUGGGGUACCCCGACCUCGACGAGCUCCAGAAGAACCCCCAGCCCCUCAUCUUCGACAUCGAGGUGCUGAAGGUGGAGCCACCCGGCUCCUACCAGCAGGACCCAUGGGCCAUGACAGAUGAGGAGAAGCUCCAGGCUGUUCCCCAGAUCCACAAGGAAGGCAACGAGCUGUACCGGCAGGGCAAAGUGUCCGAGGCAGCUUCCAAAUACUACGAUGCCAUCGCCUGUCUCAAGAACCUGCAGAUGAAGGAGCAACCGGGCUCUCCGGACUGGAUCGAGCUCGACCAGAAGAUCACACCCCUGCUCUUAAACUAUUGCCAAUGCAAGCUGCAGUGUGAGGAGUACUACGAGGUGCUGGACCACUGCUCCUCCAUCCUCAACAAAUACGAGGACAAUGUCAAGGCCUACUUUAAGCGGGGCAAGGCCCACGCAGCCGUGUGGAACGUGGCCGAGGCGCAGGCUGACUUUGCCAAAGUCCUGGCUCUCGACCCCUCGCUGCGCCCCGUGGUCUCCAAGGAGCUGCGGAGCCUGGAAGCGCGGCUGCGGGAGAAGGAUGCCGAAGACAAGAUCCGCUUCAAGGGCAUCUUCUCCCAGUAGAGUCCGCAGCUGCAAGGGAGAGCCCAGCGCUCUCGGGACAGGUUCUUUUAGAUAUUCCACAUGUGGAAUGGUCAUGGAUGUUUAUUAAUGUUUAAUACAGAUUUUACUUAUUUGAAGUCAGUGGAAAUGGCCCUGGAGCUUGCCACGGAUUGGGGACACAGCCAGGCACUUAGGUGACAGCGUAAAGCAUCGCAGCACACGGCUGAAGCUGUUCACUGGGCUCUAGACUCUGCUCAUCGUCACGCCAGAGAUGCAUGGGUGACAAGAGCCCGCUGCUCCCUGCCAACUUUUAUCACUUAUUUGAUGAUUUUAUACUUUAUGAUGGCCAUGGAGGGGCAAUGCCUCAGCCCCAGCUCCAACCCAUUCAUGCCUGUUCUCCUCCGUGCCACGCCAUUGUCACUUCUCCAGGCUGCUGCUAUCAUCCCAAACCAGUGUCUCCUCAUGUCACGUCAGUGUCGGGAAUAUUUUAUAUAGAAUAACAGCUUGUUCCUGCUAUCUCUAUAAACCUCUGGUCAUGCUAUGCCAAGAUAAACUCAAGUAAAACCAGUCACA